AUGCUGGUCGAAAUUGAACAGACUGUGGGUUUCUUAGCUUCAUUCUUGUAUGGAACGAUUCCUCGUCGCCGCAUUGAUACAUUUGCUGAGAUCUUGGCUAAUCGGUUGCUGGAACGCUUGAUGGAUCAGUCUCGUCCACCAAAAAUUUGCCAUUUAGUCGUCAAUGUUGCCGGGAAAAGUGACCCUCUCAUUCAAGAUGCAGCCGAAGAAGCAUAUAUGGAUUUGACAGAAAUGCAGUCUCUUCUUCCCAACAAUUUGAUUGUUGAGAUGCGGCAGGGCUCUGUUAAUGCAGUCAAUGCAGAUACCGAAGGUGUACGCCGUCCCCGCAAUCGCUCCGCUUUCUCGCCCAAUUCGAAAAGUCGUUAUGGACAAGAAACAAAAAGACGUCCUUUGCUACGCAUCGAAUAUGAAUAUCGAUGUCUGGGUGCGGAAAAUAAACCAUGUGGACGGCCAUAUUUUGAACUACAGCGGGAAGAUGCAGUCUACACAGCUCAGGCCUUUGCUGCAACGCGUUUUGGGUCUACCAAGCUUAAAAGUCAUCAGGGUGUGGAUGCCGGCAAUGGCUAUCAUCCAUAUACGACACCAUCACUGUAUGCGUAUCUUCAGUUGCUGAUUUUCUUGAAUGCAUUAGCAUGCCUAACGGUUUGGUCUGAAAAACUAGAGCAGGAACUCGAUAAUAUGAAAGAUGAAGCCUGCAUGCGACAACGCGAAAACAACUUUAAUGUAUCUUUUGGGAAAGAUUAA